AUGUCUCAGCAUCCCAUCAUUUCGCAGCAACGGUAUCCCAGCACGCCACGAGAUCCCACAUCGGCUCUCCAGUCCGACGAUUCAGCGCAGGAUGACACCAAGUGUAAGUUUGGCGAUGGUGGGACGACUAAGAAUAUCGUUCGCGGGGCCUCGACCGCAGGCUAG